AUGACAAUCACCGAAGUUGGACGCAUGGUGGUCAAGCCUGGACUUGAUGUCAUGGACGACAGCACCGAAGCAGGUCAAAUCCUACGAGGGAUCUACAAAUCAGUCAUCACUGCCCCAGGUGGUCCAUCGCGUAUAUUCUGGGGAACAGAAGUCGAGAAUCCGCUCAAGCUAUGGGGCUUCAUCGAUUGGGACACGGUAGAAGACCACGAAAAGUUCGCGCGCUCACACGGGCAAGAAUUGACUAAACCCUACCCCAAGAUCCUGGAGAGCGGAGAAUUCACAAAACACAUCGUUGUCAAGCCAUUCCCACCCAAAGUCCUGCAUUCACCCGUGACAGAGGUCAUGGUGGCUUACUUCCCAUCAAACAUUUCACAAUCCACAAAAGACGCAAACUCAGCGCGCUUUCAGGAGUUUACAGAAAAGGGUUUGAACACUUGCUCUGAAGUUCAGGGCAUCAGCUACGGAUGGGGCUUGGAAAACGACUUCCCCCUGCGGGAUCAAGAGAAGGACCAAAAGGGGACUAUGUUUACGGCGUUGAUAGGAUGGUCAAGUAUUGAUGCGCACAUGGCGUUUCGGGAGACGAAUGAAUUCAAGGAGAGUAUUCAUUUGCUGCGGGGGUUUGAGGAACUGGUUAAAUUGGGCAUGUUCCAUAUUCACUGCAAAUCUCUCGAGAAGAAGGAGGACUAG